UAUGUGAAUGUAAGACCUGGAGCGUUUUUUUCCCUAUGCUGAUUUGGGGUAGGAGGGAUGGACCUCAUCUUGUAUUCAGAUAAACAUGAUAGUUAUUUUGCAACUUGCUCUACAAUGGAAAGGGCAUGUGGAGUCACUACGCAAAGUGUACGUUGCUAGAAUUGGCAAAGCUGUUCUAAACAUUUAGAAAGAAGUUGGCUUGAGUGUAUCAAGUGACACUAUAAAUGGAGUUACCUGAAAGUUGGGGGGGUUUUUCUGUUGAUACAACUGGUUGUGUUUUCAGCAGCUGUAGGAAUAUUGCUCUUGGUCACACUGGAUACAAAAUUCUGUUGCUGCAAAACCUGCUAAGGCUUGUCUACACAGGGAACAGCAUGUGAGUGUACAUACUAGCUACUCUGCUUAUGUACCCUGUGAAUGCAUUUGGUGCAUCAGAAGAGUGCCUUAGUAUGAGCUAGCUUACUCCAUGCAAGCCAAAUAGGCAAACUUAUAUUUAGCGAGCGCUAGGUAUGCCCACAGAGGGGGCUUGCAUGGCAUCAUUACUACUUUGAAUGCUUUCUUUGGAGGUGAACCCUGAGAGACAGGUUAGACUUGAUCCAGUCAGCAAACAGUGUUAAAUUUGCUCUUUUCCUUCACUGGAAUCCUGCUUUCUUUAGUCCAACAACCUUCCCUACUUAGCUCGUUCUGAAUCUGCAGCUUCUAAAUGGCAGGCACCUAGUUCAACCUAGAGAGUCCAUUUUUCAGCAAAUUUGCUAUUCUGUGUUGUUCUCCUUUUGUUUUACUGCUAAAUUAGCUUUUUUGCACAUUCCCUAUCGUAUGCGUGUAUAUAUAUUUUUAUUUUAUUUUUUAAAGGAUUGGACCUAUCCCAUGAGAAGAGAGAUGCAGGAAAUUUUACCUGGGUUAUUUUUAGGCCCAUAUUCUUCAGCUAUGAAAAGCAAGCUAUCUACACUUCAGAAGCAUGGAAUAACCCAUGUAAUAUGCAUACGGCAAAAUAUUGAAGCAAACUUCAUCAAGCCAAACUUCCAACAGAUGUUUAGAUAUUUAGUCUUGGAUAUUGCAGAUAAUCCUGUUGAAAAUAUAAUCCGAUUUUUCCCUACGACUAAAGAAUUUAUUGAUGGAAGUUUACAAACUGGAGGAAAAGUUCUUGUCCAUGGAAAUGCAGGGAUUUCUAGAAGUGCUGCCUUAGUAAUUGCAUAUAUUAUGGAAACAUUUGGAGUGAAGUACAGGGAUGCAUUUACUUAUGUUCAAGAAAGAAGAUUCUGUAUCAAUCCUAAUGCUGGAUUUGUCCAUCAACUUCAGGAAUACGAAGCCAUCUAUCUAGCAAAAUUAACUAUCCAGAUGAUGACACCACGGCAGCUGGAAAGAUCGCUAGCUGUUCCAGCUGGUACUACAGGCAGUUUAAAGCGAACACAUGAGGAAGAUGAGGAAUUUGGAAAUAUGCAAGUGACAGCAGCGCAGAACGGAUGAUGUCCAGGGCAACACUAUUCAAGGAUUGUCAAGUCCUGCACAUAGGAGCGAAGAAAAAUUAACAAUGCAAAAUGAACAUACGUAGCUUCUUUUCAAUGACAUGUUGCUUCCAGAUGUCCAUCUGCCUCUGCAGCACACGAAGCAGCAUUUUAAGAUGUUGGACUUCUUGAAUGACUAGAUGGCACUGAUUUGUUUUACUCCUUUUUUACACUUUACAGUUUUAUUCUAAACCAAGAUUUUUGGACUUGCAAAGAGGUAUUAUUGCAAUAAUGCACUUUUCAUACUUGAAAUUUCUUUAUUUGUAUGAUAUAAAGUUAUUACUUUAAACAAAAUGCAAGCUGGGGAUUUGUUUAUAAAGUUAUUUGUGUAAUUUAUAACAAGAGACUUUAGUAAAGAAAAGUUUGCUAAAAUUCA